AACCCUCACUCCGUUUUCUCUCUCGAUAUCUUUUCUUUUUCUUCCAUCCUCAUUUUGUCUGAAGAUUCAUUUAUUGAACUGGUGUUAGAGAUAAUAUCAGGUGAAGAUUGAGAGGAUUCUGUGUGUUGAUUUACUUCAAAGUUAUCAGCAGAUAUGACAUUGGGUGACCCUGAGGGUAUUCUUAGUGGUGGUGGUGGUGACCAUGUUCUCAAACUUCACAUCAAGAAUAUGAUGGAGGAGGUUUGUAAGGGAAUGAUUCAGGAUUCCCAGAAGAGCAUGUUGGGUUUUGCGGAAACCCUUGUCGGCUCCUUAAACUUGGCCUUCUCCGAAACUAAGAACGCCGACGACUUGAAAGAGCUCAAGCAGCAGUUGAAGGCUACUAAUGAGUCUAUUCAAGGGUUCACGGAACCGAAUAUUAAGAAUUUCAUAACUGGAACGUGUGGCGAAAUGGUUAAAACAUCUGAGACGACGUCCAUCGCCUACAUGGAUGGCAUUUCUAAAGUUCUCAAUGCUUCCAUACUGAGUGCAUCCACAAAUGCCAGUACCACUGUCCAACAAGCACUCAAGUCGAUGAAUGAUCAGAUUCAGGAAUCUGAAAAGAGGUCCAAGAGCUACAUGGACAGCGUCGCCGAAGUUUUAACCACUGCCAUACAAGGUGCGGCUGCAAAUACCCGUGCUAGUUUCCAGCAGAUAAUCGAUGAGAAGGAUAAAGAGAUAAAAUCUUCUGCUGCUAAAAUUGAAAGUUUGGAAAAUAACGUAGAUGGUCUAUGGACUGCGUUGAAUGUGGAAAAGAGCAAUUCUAACAGGAAUAAAGCCUUUAAGAUCCGGAUGGACAGCCUUGAGAAAAAAAUGGAUAAGAUAAACGAGGAGGAGAAGGAACUGUUGAAGGAUCUAGCAGACGCAUUGGACAGCAUUACAACUAAAGUUUCUGGUUUCUCACUACUUAUGGGAAGCUUUAUUACCGUGCAGACGUCCAAACCGAAUCCUGAGUUUUGGGUUAUCAUGAUCCUAGGUGCUAUUAUGUUGGUUGGAACCUUGUUUAUCAUUUUCAUGUCUGUAAAGGAUACUAUAGAAGCAGAUAAAAAACUUGGUAGUCUUGAACUUCGAAGGGAAGCUUUAUCCCUUAGAUUUGAGGAGUUAGAAAUGGAGAUUGAAGGUGACCAAGCUGGACAAUCUCAGAGCACGCAGAUUGCUGACCAUCAAUUUUUGUUAGAUGUUCAGGCAUUUUCUGAUAUCAAAAGCAGAAACAAGACACCCAUUCAAAAAGCAUCUUGGUACCACUGGUCUUUGCUAGUCCUAUUUGGCUUAUUCGCUCUCAUGAUACCGGUACUCUUGUUGAUUGAUACGGUGUUUUCAGAGAAAAAGUCAAGUAACAUGCUCUUGGAGGCAGUUGGCUUUCUCUUCGCAUACAAAGUUUUGCGGAGACGAUGAUAUACAGGAUUUUCGGAGUUUUCCAGUGAUGUAUUGCUUUCUUCGCAAUGAUGUUUACAGAUGACCGUCUUCCUUCAAGAAUUACUUCAUUUCCCAUCUUCCACAUAUUCCACAGUAUACAAAAACCCCACGUCGUGAUUGUCGUUUUUAUACAGCCAUGACUAAACUGUCUGCUUAACUUUGCCGGUUCCUGUUUGUCAUUAGAUUCGGUAUAAAUUCCACGCAAGGACAUCUCUGUUCAAGUUCUCUAUUAAAUCUCUGAGCAUUUUUUAGUUU